AACCAGUGUAAUCUUAUCAAUUGAAUCCAGAUAGCAAAAAUAGUUAAGUUUCACGUAUGCUUCAUACAAAUUAUUUCAUUCACCAUAGAGUUUGUGGUUAGCAUUCUAGUGUAUUUGUUCGAAAAAUGUGGUUAAAAAUGUUACCUUUUGUGUUAUUGAUUUUUUUAAUAAUGAAACCAGUGGAAAAUGCAAACAUCCUCUUCGUGACAACGUUUCCAUCAGUUAGUCACCAAUCGGCUUUUCAGCCAAUCUGGAGGGAACUUUCUCUGCGAGGGCAUAAAGUGACAGUCAUAUGUUCCCAUCCUCUCAAGGAUAAAUCGUUGACAAAUCUGACUGAGAUAGAUCUGGGCGGAAUGCGUAAACAAGCCAUGAAUAAAAUGCCGAAAGAUCUAAUGAAAUAUAUGACACAGAAGCCAACUUUUCUCAUGACAUUCACCAAGGAUAUGAUUGCCACCAGUUUAUUCUCGGAGAUGAAUAAACGUAUCUUGGAACAUGAAGAAGUCCAGAAGGUCAUAAAAGGAAAUCAGAAGUUCGACCUGGUGAUUGCUGAGUGGCUAUUUCCGACCGUAUCUGCUUUUUCAGUCAGGUUCAACUGUCCCUUGAUUGGUAUGACUUCUUUGGGUGCGCCUAUUGUUGCUCUGGAUACUGUUGGAAACCCCUCUCAUCCGAUAUUAUCGCCUGAUCACAAUCUUCCUAUUGGAAGAGAUCUGUCAUUCAGAGAUAGGAUAUUAUCCACUUUAUAUUCUGUCUAUGUAAGGGUCUAUUACCACUGGGUGGUUCUUCCCAGGGAAGAUAGAACAAUAAAAAAAAUCUUUGGAGAACACAUGCCCUACAUAGGCGAUAUUGAACGCACUGUCAGUUUGAUAUUAUUGAACAGAAACACAGUUUUCCACAAGAUAAUGCCGGUUCUUCCCAAUGUUAUCGAGCUCGGAGGUGUGAGGAAUGUUAAGGUUCAAAAACCACUCGAACCUGAACUCAAAAAAUUCUUAGACAAUUCGAAAAAUGGAGUGGUGUACUUCAGUUUAGGGUCUAAUGUCCUCAGUUCAAAUCUUCCAGAGGAUUUGAUAGAAAAAUACAUUAAAGUUUUUGAACAAAUACCAUACAACGUUUUGUGGAAAUGGGAAACAGACAAGCUUCCCAGACAACCAAAGAAUGUUUUCAUACACAAAUGGUUACCACAGACAUCAGUACUAGCUCAUCCAAACGUGAAGUUGUUCAUGAUGCAAGGAGGGCUCCAGUCAAUGGAAGAAACCAUCAAUUACCACGUCCCUGUUAUUGGAAUGCCAUCGCAUUCAGAUCAAACCAUGAAUGUUGAUACUGCUGUCAAAUAUGGUUUUGGUAUAGGUAUUGACUUUGAUGAUAUAACAGUAGAAAAUUUGAAGGCUGCCAUUAUGGAAAUAAUGACAAACAAGAGUUACAAAGAAAAUGUGAUGCAUAUAGAAAAACUUAUGAAUGAUUCUCCAGUAAAGGGAAUAGAUAAAGCCAUUUGGUGGAUAGAAUACGUGAUAAGGCAUAAAGGUGCAAAGCACCUACGAAGUCCAUCAAUGGACAUUCCAUGGUACCAGUAUUUACUUCUUGACGUCAUGGCUGUGAUAUUUUCAGUGCUCGCCUUAUUAAUAUUUAUUAUUUAUAAACUAGCUAAACUCAGUGUUCAUUUAUAUAGAAUGUUAUUCUGUAAAAAAUCCAAAACGAAAAAGGAAUAAAUGUGGUACUUGACCUAGUUGCCAUACUUAUUUUA